AUAUACAUAUCCGAUCCCUCUGGAUGUAUUUGGAUAGGAUCUCUUUUUAUUGAUUUGUUUGUGAUAUAGGGACCCAAGUGCAAGAGUCUGAAUUUUUUUUUUAAAGAAGCGGAACCUUUUUUCUCGCGAUGUGUCAGCACAAUUCAUUAUCCAGUCACGCACGGUGGACGACCGUUCAUGCUGCUGAUAUAAAGGCGGGGUGCAUAGAAAAAGGAUCACUGGUUCACCAAGCAUGUCCACCGUCGAUCUUCCGCAAUUAGAAACUUUGGCCAUUCAACUCUCGGCCACCGGGGUAGCAGAAUUAGCAUUCAAUCGACCUCAACGUUACAAUGCUCUUUCUCCAGAAGCAUACAAGGACUGGCUGAAAGCAAUCCAGUGGGCGGCAUCCUGUGAUCGGGUGAAAGUGGCGGUUUUGACGGGAAGAGGCAAGUAUUACACUUCAGGACAAGAGCUGCGACGGCCCGACCUGUCCGCGGUUGGUCAAGACGCUCAGGUGAGAAAACUAGACGUGACCAAGACCUUGGUCGAUGAAUUGAUCAAAUUUCCCAAAUUACUGAUUGCAGCGGUCAAUGGACCUGCUUUCGGAUUUGGUGUCACCACCUUGGCGUUGUGUGAUGUGGUCUAUUCCGUGCCUCAUGCCACUUUUAACACACCUUUUAUGAAAUUAGCUUAUUGUGCCGAAGGCUGUUCCUCGGUUUUGUUUCCAAGAAUUAUGGGGCCAUCCAAAGCCAAUGAGAUGCUGCUGAUGGGUCGUACAUUUACUGCUGAAGAAUUGGAACGAUGUGGACUGAUCAGUCGCAUUUUCCCUGCCGAAAAUUUCCUUCAGACUGUGUUGACAAUAGCUGAAGACUGUGCCAAGUUCUCCGUCGAUGCGAUGAAAAUUACCAAAGAGUUGAUUCGUGGUAUUGAUCGUGAUUUGCUUCUGGAAGUGAACGCUAGGGAAAUGCAACAACUACUAGAACGUAUGAGAAGUCAAAAUGCAAUUGAUACCCUCAACCAAUUCGUUGAUGGAGUGGAAAGAAAGCGGGCAAUGAAGAAGGCCAAACCGAGUAAAUUAUAGAACGUUGUUGCCCCAUGGUUUUCAAAAGCUAUUAUUAAUUGAUUCUCGGACCCCUUACUUAUCGAUUACCAAAACACAUUUUUGUCAGGCCCGCUGAAUAA